AUCAUAGAUGGAUUGGAGCAUGAUCAACUCAAGAUGAUGCUACUGGAGCAGUCGAUAGAGGAUCGCCAUCGAGCACAAUACAGGGCCAGACAUUCGAUAUGUCCAUCAAGCAUGUAUCCAACUCGCGACAUUAUUUUCUCAAAGUAUCACAUAGACUUUGGAUUGAAGGAGGGCGAGAAGUGCAAGGUUGGCGUCGUGCUCAGGGACAAGAUCAGAGUGAGCAAUAGGGGCCAGAACAGGGUAUCCUACCAGUUCACGAAUUAUCCACUUCAGGGCGGCACGGUCCGCCUGACAUUCACACCGGCCGCCGGCAUCGUCAAGCGUAACUCGUCGCUGGACAUUGUUGUGGAGCUGGUCGUGCUGUGCACGACAAAGGUGCGCGAGCUCAUCUCGCUCGACGUGUCCAAUGGCAUCAGCGGCACGGGCAACACUCACUUGUUCACCAUCAAGCUCGACUCCAAGAUGUCCCAAGUUCUCGAUCACAAGGAGAUCGAGAUCGGACCAGGCAUUGGAGGUGGUGGCUAUGGCGCCAUCUACAAAUCGCGCUGGCGUGGCCUACUCGUGGCCGUCAAGGUCAUCUCCGAGAUGAGCGAUGGCUCCGAGUUUGAGAAAGAGCUCGAGAUGCACAAAGAGCUGCUCCAUCAUCCCAACAUCGUUCACUUUGUCGGCUUUUGUGUCUCUCCCAAGUGUCUUGUGCUCGAGUACAUCGAAGGUGGAAGCUUGGACAAAUACCUGCAUGACCCACAGCAUCAGUCACACUUCACGCAAGAGCUGCGCUUGAAGAUGGCAUAUGACAUUGCCAAGGGCAUGUGCUUCUUGCACCAGAAUGAGAUCCUUCAUUUGGACUUGAAGCCACAGAACUUCCUGGUCGUGUCGCUGUCAACACACGCGCCAGUAACAAUCAAACUGGCUGACUUUGGUCUGGCCACAGCUUCAACACGCUCAUUCUAUGGCACCACUGCCGAAGGCUCGUUCCUUUACAUGGCGCCCGAGGUGUUUACGCAGAAGAAGUUCUCUCGCGCCGCCGACGUCUGGAGUUUUGGCGCGUGUCUGAUCGAGAUAUUGACGGGCCAGAGACCCUACCACGAGCUGGAUAAGCUUGGAUACCUGCAGUUGGCAAAGGUGCGUGAGGAGGGCGGCUCGCCCCAGAUCCCGCCCGAGAUCGAGCCCGAGAUGAAGAAGCUGAUCGAGGCGUGUCUUCAUCGCGACCAUACCAAGCGCCCCAGCUUCGAGAGCAUUGAGCAGUUCUUGGAGCGCAGGUGCGACGACAUUCUUCCACAACAGGCCAACAGCAGCAGCAAUGGCAUGGGCAGUUUUAUAUCGCCCGACACAUCAUUCAAUCAAGGAUCACUGUUUGGUCUGACGGGCGCCAAUGCCAGGCGACCAUCCUCGCCAACACCAGUGUUCAAGCCCAUGGCACAGGUGUUCCCGUCACAGUCACAAAUGGCUGCGCAACAACAGCAGCAACAGCAACAGUUGGUCCGUCGCCCAACCAUCUCGCAGGUGAACUCACAGUCCAAGUUCAACCCGGCAUCAAAGCUGCAGAGCAUCCUGCCAAAGUCGCUGUCAAAGGCCAGCGAUCCACUUCAGGCGAUGCCCAAGACGGCACCGUCGCUGCAGCAGCCUGACGAUGACCCGAUCGUCAACAAGUCGAAUCGCGCCAUGACAGAGACUCAGCAACAGACACAGACACCUACAAACACACCAACCAAGAAGACAUCAUUGCAACGACCCAAUACACCACUUCCACCCAUCCCCUCACAGAAGCUUGGAGUGUUCAACAAGCAACAGUCGUCUUCGACGCCGACAUACCAACUUCCAUCAACUCCUACACCAACUCCUACACCUUUACAACACACUGCAAUGCCCAUCCCCAUACCCAUCCCUAUACCAAUGGUUCCAGAUGAGGCCGACACUCACACAUCCACAGCCACACCUCCACAGACACAGCCACAGCCACAAUUACAUCAACACAUGUCUUCACUCAAGGUGUCAACGACGCCAAAGACAUCACAGUCUUCCAUACCCAUCCCUAUACCAUUGCCAUCACUGUCGGAUGGCGGACCAAUUACUGUGUUGAGGCCAGCGGCCAAGCCAGCUGCCAAGCUCCCCAUCCCCAUCCCCCUCCCCGCCACUUCUCCCACCACUCACUCACACAAUCACUCCAACAUGUCUGGCAGGCCACACGCAUCCACGCUCUCCGAGAGGCCAGCGUCGCCAGUGACCUCCGCCCCACUCAAGAACUCUCCAUCACAGGAGCUCCCGCCGGCAAUGUCCACGCUUAAGCGCGUGCCUUUGUCGCCGUCCAAAGGAGUGACGCAUCCUUCGCCAUUGUCCGACAUGAUCAACAAUGAUAGGCUGAGGACCAGCAACGAUCGCAAUGCAGUGCAAGUGCAGGACAGCGAUGAUGAGGAGGAGAUGAAGUCGGCACAGAUCGUCACCAAGCACGUGCCACUAAGCAGAGCCAAUCCGAUGGCCUCGACCAGCACACCUACAUUGCAACUGGCGCAGACACAGCGCAUGCCCAACCGAUCGUCCUCCGUCAUGGACGUGAGGAAGGUCACGCUGGUCGAGCACCACAACAACAACAACAACAACAACUAUCACAAUGCAUCCGCGGGAGACAUGGCAAGUGCCCCACGUCCACACUCACCCGUGGUCACCGAGCAGGACAGUCUGAACAAGAUCAUGGAGCUGCGCAGCCGAUCGAUCAAGGCGUUGCGCGAUCUCUAUCUGGCAUUCACCUCGCGCAUCAAGGAGUUCUCCAACGUGCGCUCGCUUCGCGAGUGCGUCGAGCUGGGCCAGGUGAUCCGCGACGCCAAGAAGGAGCUGGAGCAGCUGUGUCUCGAGCAUCUCAAUGCCAACUGGGAGACGAUACUCGGCACAGUCAAGUCUGGCAACAAGCGAUCACAGAUCGCCAACAUGCAGGCGCCCAACCCGUCGAACUACGACGGCGCCACCUACAGCAAAGUGUUGAUCAUCCGCGAUGCCGCCGUCAUUGUAGGCGAGUCAAUGUUGGAUGUGAUCUACUAUCUGAUGACACUACUCUCUCCUUCAUCACCAUCAUCAGCCAACCUAUUACAACAUGAACUACAACAACAACAAGCAGGUCUACCUGACAAAGAAGUGAUACUCAAGAUCGCCAAGAUCACCAGAGCGAUCAAGAUGCGCUCC